UAGCUGCAUGUGGUCACGUGAUACUGAGUCUCGGCUGCUGAGCUGUUCCUGUUCGUGCCUUGUGCUGUAGAAUGCAGUGAAGUGGAGAGAGAGAAUCCUAAUAGCACAGCUGGGUAAGGUUCCCCAGUAUUUUAAUGCCAGGAGUUGGCAUCUCGGCCCUUUUUGUGUAAUGGAAUCACAGCUGCAACCCAUAGCAGUGGAUAGUUAGGUAAGCAGGAGAGAGGGGAUCGCUGCUGGCAUGUGGAAACGGGAGCAGAAGCAAUCUGUUGGGAACCAAUGUUUGGUCAGUAACCGAACACUCAACACCUGGAAGGAAGCUAUGCCAAUGGAUGAUGAAGCUGGCUCUGAGCUGCACUCAGCAGAUGCUGAACAGAACUCAGAGCCCAUGAGUGAGGAGAUGCUUCGCAAUGCAUAUCACCUUUCCCGGCUACGGAGCUCUUCAGUAGAAAUACGGGAGAAAGGGUCUGAACGGCUGAAAGAGGAGCUGGCAAAGGCACAAAGGGAGUUGAAGUUGAAGGAUGAAGAAUGUGAGAAGCUGUCUAAGGUGCGGGAACAGUUGGAGCAGGAGCUGGAAGAGUUGACAGCCAGUCUCUUUGAGGAAGCACACAAGAUGGUGAGAGAAGCAAACACUAAACAAGCUACCGCUGAGAAGAAGCUUAAAGAAGCUCAGGGAAAGAUUGAUGUCCUACUGGCAGAGGUAACAGCAUUGAAGACACUUGUAAUCACAUCUACACCAUCAUCUCCCAAUAGGGAGCUGCACCCACAGCUCCAGAUUCCCUCAAAAGCUGUCUUUAAGAAGGGUCAUGGGCGCAACAAAAGCAUGAGCAAUGCCAUCGUCACAGCAACUACACAAAAUUCACAGUUGCAGCCAAUGAAUAAGGAUGGUAGAGAGAUCAACUUGAUUUUAUAUGAUGAGUUCCUGGCAUGGAAAGAAGAACCAACUCUGGAUAAGGUUUGCCCAUUCUUAGAAAGGAUUUACCAAGAGGACAUUGGUCCAUGUCUCUCUUUUGCCAAGCAUGAGCUGACAGAAGCAGUUCAGGCUGCUGUUGAGAGCAACACUUUGAGUAUUGAGCCAGCAGUUGUCCAAGCGUUACCAGUGGUCAAGGCUUCAGCCAUAGAGUGUGGAGGGCCAAAUGGGUGGCGGGCUGAAGUAGUGACGAAGUGUGCACUAAGUGGUCUGUCCAGAACCUGUAAACAUCGCAUCAAGCUGGGAGAUUCAGGAAGCUAUUUCUAUAUUUCACCAUCCUGCAGGUCAAGGAUUACGGCUGUUUGCAACUUCCUCACAUAUAUCCGGUAUAUCCAGCAAGGCCUGGUUCGACAAGAUGUGGAACAGAUGUACUGGGAAGUUAUGAAGCUGAGGAAGGAGAUGUCGGUUGCUAAACUGGGAUAUUAUACUGAGGAGUUAUAGUCUCUAAGUUAGUGUCCCAGAUUCAGGACUAGGCUGCACAACUCUAUUUUGUGAGGCAAAAAUUUCACACGAUGGAUUUAAACAAUGGAGAAAAAAAUGCCUUCUACAAACACAAAACUUUGCUUCCUUGAAAAAAAAAUAAUAGAGGAGUAAGUGUGGUAAAGUAUUCAGAACUCAUUACCUCCCACAUCCUGGAUCUGGGCUGUAUUUUGUUUUAAAACAUCGAUGCUGAAAGACUGAAUGAUGUACAGAGUAAUUUUGUAUUAUUUUCUAACCUCUAACUGUGCUCUGUAUUCACAACGGUCAACAUUUUUAAGACUCCACAACUCAGUAUUGAACCCUAAUAGACCAUCGUGACUUAAUUAUGUAACAUAAUGUGGAGACAAAUGUUUAAAAGGGGAAUCAUCAGAGGAAAAUGUUUAUUCCCUUCACUAUAAAAAUAGUAGUAGAUUCCCUACUGUUGGAUGUUGGACCCAGGCGUGAAUAAUGAUCAGCCGAUACUAUCUCCAGUGUUGAGCUAAACGGCAGAUCAAUAGACCCGGAUGAGGGGCAAUGAAGAAAACUGGAUUCACUAUUUGUACAGUUUCAUGCUAAUAGACAAUAGUAUUGAUAGUAUGGCAGAGAAUUGUGCAGCAAAUAGCACAAGAUUUGAUGUAAUGUAUGAAGCACCGGGUUGAGGUGCAUUAAUUAUGUUUCUUAUAAGUGGCUCUCACACAUAAUCCAAGCUGUAGCUUUGAGCCCAGCACAACAAUGAACACACUCCUUCUGUUACACUGACCCUUUGAUCUAUCGCUCCAUUACACUAACAAAUACGUUGUCCACCUCGUUAUGUUGGUUCGAUGCUCACCUCAAUUAUACCUACACAAUUGGGGGCUCUCUCAGCCUGGUCGUGGCAGUGCAAGUUUGUUUUCCUUCACCUUAUCUUCGACUGAUGAAGAAUGUCCCGUGACACAGUAAUACUUUUUCCUCACAUCCACUCAGAUGCAAAGGUAAGGAAGGGAUGCUGAUAAUUAUUAAAGAACAAGUAUCUUAAAAUUAUUAGUAAUAUGAAUGCCGCCUAUUAUUUGAUUAACUGUUUGGAUCAGUCCUGAUUGGCGCCCCACAUAGAAAGCAGAUAUUAUUAUUUAAUAGAAAGCUUUUUCUAGACUUACUUGGCUACAGCACUAUAACAUUUUUUUUCUUUUAAAAAAUCCUGCAUCUUUCUCAUAUCGCUCUGCUCAAGUUUGUGUAAACCCAAUUAAUUGUGAAAAGCUCUUUUAGCUUUCUUCACCCCACCCUCAGCAAUCAGUCUGAAGAAGAGUCCCAACCCAAAACGUCACCUAUCCAUGUUCUCAAGGGAAGGUCCCUGACCUGCUGAGAUGCAUCUUUUUCCCAUUUAAUUGUCACUGAGGCAAACUUUAACAGAGCCACCUCUGCUUUGUAACCUCUGUUUGCAUGGAUGCAUUAGUAUAACGGUGAAUAUGAUCCAAUUUUGUUUGUUUAUUCUGAAUUCAUGUUGGACUUCCCCUCCACUGUUUCUAAUUGAAAGGAAAAGGCCUGACUAUCUGUGUUAUUGACACAAAUCUGCAUUUUUCUUUAAAAACAAGAGUGGUUUCCAUAGUUGAAAACUGCACAGCAUGCACUUGUUGGUCAAGAAAGUCCCAGGUUUGAUUGCAUAUUUUUUUUCCUGCCUUCGAUUAUCAGAGCCAGUGGAGGAUAAGGCGAUCCUACUGGACUCAGCUGAAGUUCCUGCUCAAGGGUUCCUGGAAAGUACUCAUAUUAUGAGUGUUGAAUGUGGACAGGACAGGAGUUGACUCUGAGUCUAUCACAUUUAAAUGGCCCGCAGAUUCACAAAACAUACACUACAAAUGUGCAGUAUCUAACUUUAUCAAUUUAGCUAUGCUUAGUUACAAUGCUCUUUGGAGACUUUGCAAAUGUUUGGCUAGUUCCACAUUCAAUCAAACCUGGAGAUGGCAAUACUGCAAGAGAUUAAGAUUAAGUUCAGGCACAAUAUUUAUUUAUACUUAUUCUCCACUCCAUUGCAAAUAAUUUUGUUCAUGUACUGAUUCCUUCACUCUAUAAAUGAGCUGUAUUCAGAGUAAUUAAUGUUAUUAACUGUAGCAGCAAAUAAGUAUUGUGAUCCCAAGCAGUUGGCCAAUUUUGAGUCCUUCUCUUUGGCCGAUAUAAAGUUACCAACAGUGAAACUGCUUGGAAUGUGUAGCUCUCUCGGCCUUUGAAUGGGCAUAGGUUUCCAGGCAAGUUUUGCAGAUAUUUUUAAUAAUAUCUGAAAAAAUGACAAUCAGCGAGCAGAAAUCUGAAUUUUCUAUUUUGCCUGACACAACCUGCAAAGGAUUUAUACAAAUUAUUGUAUGUUUUAAGUUCCUAACACACACAUACGAUAGCCACUUGGAUGAAUGUUAGGGGGCUACCAAAUUGUAGAGUUGUUAUCUAGCCAGCAUUUUCUGAAAAGGAACUUGGGAAAACCAGUUUUCAGGAAAAGAAGAGAGGAAUAUAUCCCAGCAUCCCAUCGUUAUGAAACUUUGUGCAGAAUAGCACAAAGUAUUUUUGGUGAAUAUUAUGUGUUGAAUCUGUAUUAGAAAAUGUUGGGAGUCCUUCAGUGAACAAUAGCAUCAUGAAGGUUAAAAGUAACAUAUUAAGGCAGUACAAUAGUACUGGAGAGGCAGGCUGAGAUCUCAAGGGUUUCUGUCCAUCCUUACUGAAAAUGGGAUUUGGUGGUGAAGGACUAAAGUAAUUAAGAAGACAGUCAUGCCUUGCACAAUUGAGUAGCCAGUAGGUACUCGUUGAUAAUAAUCUAUACGUGGGCUAUAUACCAGAAAACUGCCAGAGUCCAUGCAACUGAGCCUCAUGAGAAUGAACAGCUUCACGUGGCUGAGGGCAUGUGACUGAGGGUUGUAGGACUGGGGCUGGUAGAGACGAAAAGUUAUAGAUAGUAACAGAAUUAAAAAUAAAUAAAUACAGAUGCGUUCACCAAUGAAAGGUUGCAAUAAUACUGCUACAUAAUUGUUUCAAGAGUUAACUGACCGAACAGCCUCCAAAUGCCAUAAAUUGUUGUCUUUAUCUUUACAAACUCCUGCAACUUUCUGUAUUUGUCAACUUUCUCAUCAUUGUCAUACUAUGUUACAGUUCCUCACUGAUAUCCAUCCUGGGUUAUCAGUGACACUUUCUUGGGAAUGUUCACUCCACAAAACACUCCAACAUAUAUGGGUCACUUUGUCCUAGCAAGACCAAGUUAGUGUCUCUCUCCCUUUCUGUUGUUCAAGAUGUACCUCACCUAUAUUUUUGUGCUUUUGCUCAGACACAUUUAUCACGUUCUAUCCAUUUCUCACAGAAUUAUUUCAUAAUCUGUCAGUCAGGAGAACAUUGUGUUCAUUUGAUUUUUCUUGCAGCCCACUUUUUUGGUGUACUAUUUUCUUGGUAACCGGCCCCAGAACAAUAAAUGUUUCAUAUUUGUUAGAUUUCUACAUGUCUCUAUUUUGCAUGGACGUUAUCUACGAUGCGCAGUAUCCUGAGAAUGGGAGGCAAUAAUUUCCCAAGAGUUUCAAUGUAUCAUUCCAUUUCAUGUUUAACAUGUAUUAGAGUAUUAUAAUCACUAAGGAAUGCCUUAUAAUCCACCCAUUUCCAUUAAAGGAGCAUUGUUAAAUGUUUGGCAAACCUUAAUGAAAAAUAAUUAAUGGCAACUUUCUCUCUUUCUGUCUUAGAAGGUGCUAAGAUCAACAACCACUUACUGUCCUCUAAUGACCGGUCCUAAUCAUCGGUCUUCAGUCUUGCUAGUGAGGGCAGACACAUUAUUUCAAAAAUGAUAUAACUUAUCAAAUCCUGGUCCUCUAUUCAGUUCAUAUUCACAGUUGGAAUUUCAUAAAGGGAUACUGGGCACGAGGAUUCCUGCCCUAUUUUCCCCGUGCAAUAGGACUCAUUACAGCACCCGUGAGAUACACCUAAAUUAAUUUGAAUGCAGAUCAGGAAACAAUUUACUUUCUCAGUAUGGCUUAAUGACAUAACAAGUGGUACACUGAGCAAGGGAAUCUUUGUUUAGAAACAAGGAAUAAAUCACAUUGUUAUGUGAUAGCAUGGCAUUUGAGGUAGUGACAUAGCAAAAUAUAUCGCAUUCUCCAGGCCUUGCCACCUCCAUCUCCUAAAGAAAGUUUGCCAAACACUUUUCCAGCGAGGUAGAGCUCCUGUAAGUUGCAUGGUGCAUGUUUAACUUUUUCUCAAUUUACUAUUUUUUUCAAUUGUUAUUAAUUCCAGUGUUUUUAUUAUUUGGGAGCAAUAAGUGUCCUUUUGCCAAAUGUGAUGCCUGUUUUGAUGUGGGGAAUUUUCCAUUCUCUCAGCUUGGUUUGGAUAGACUGCACAUUUAUACAAAUGUCUACUACAUUGUACAGUGUAUAUAAAAUGUAAUAAAAAAUGAAAACUUGCUCCUUUGAAUAAACCAAAUGAACUUGA